AAAAAAUAAGAACUUCAACCAAGAUUUAUUAAUUAAUCAUUAGUAGUGGAUUUAAAUCUUAAGCAACUAUCCAAUUACGUUCAGUAAUUUUGCAAUAACACAAUAUAUUAUAUCUACCACCUAAUUAUAUCAAAGAUUCAAUCAAGAAUUUUUAUGACGUCACUAAUAAAGUUGGACCAAUCGGGAGUGGACAGAUAAUUUUAUGACCAAAUUGACAAGUACUCCUUCAUUACCACAGUAUUUAUUUACAUUUAGUUUAAAACUACUCAAGAUAGACAUUACGUGUUACACAAAGAUUGUGGAAAUAAAUUUAAAAAAAAGACAGUAAUUACAUCAACUAAUUAUUGAAGUAAAAUUAAAAAGUGUGAUUAUUUUGUAUAAUCGAUUACGCGUUUUGUAUUUCACAAAUUUAUCUUACUACGUUUUGUUGGAUGUUGGAAAAUGAUACCAGAUAACGUUACCUUGAUUGUAAAGGCACCUAAUCAGCAGGUCGAGGAUCAAAACAUAGAAUGCAGAUCGUCGUGGACCGUGAAACAGCUAAAAGGACAUCUAUCCGAAGUGUAUCCAAGCAAACCGAGAACAGAUGAUCAAAAAAUUAUAUACUCUGGUCAACUUUUAGACGACAACACAAUACUGAAAGAUGUUCUCCGAACUUAUGAAACCACUAUCGCUCAUACCAUGCAUCUAGUUUGUACACCAACCAGGAAAAUGGCUAGCCCGUUACCCCAAGACAAGGUCGAAGUGGAGCCAACUGAAGGACUCAGGCACCGGAAUGUACCAGAACCAACAAGACCGGUGGAAGCCAGACCGGAAACAAGGCAGAAUGAUCAAAACCACACAGUUGAAAUGCAGAACUAUCUGACCUCUUUGACAAAUAAUUAUGGACGGCCUAAUUUCAUGAAUUACAAUAUGGCAGAUGGACAGAUUCCGGGUGAUGUCACUUCCCAAGUUAAUCAGAUGAUGAUGAUGCAACAAGCUUAUUUGGAGUAUCUUAGGCAGUACACUAACAUGCUACAGUCGUACAACGACACCCAGCCCCACGCCCCGGCUCCGGAGACGCCCGGGCCGGCGGAGCAGGCGCCUCCCCCGGCGGAGGAGGAGGGGGGCGCCGUGGGCCGCGACUGGCUCGACCACCUGUACGCCGGCUCGCGGCUCGCGAUACUGUUCUCGCUCGUGUACCUGUACGGGAGCCCGGCGCGGCUGCUGCUGGUUGCGCUGCUCGUCACCGCCGGCUAUCUUCACCAAAUCGGCUUCUUCCGCGAACUACAACUGAACCCUGGCGGCAACCAACCUGCCAACGACCGGCCGGAGGAAGCGGACCGCCCCCCCCGGCCGGCCGACGCGGACCGACGCGAGCCGACGGCCGACGACAACCGACAACACGAGCCGACGACCGACGACAACAGACAACAGGAGCGUUCGGCCGACGACGACCGGCGGGCGCGGGGGACCGACCAGUCGUUGCUGGCGGCCGCGCGCGUCAUCGUGAUGUCGUUCUUCGCUUCGUUAAUACCGGACGUGAAUUAUUAGUGAGUGUAAAUUUAAUUCUAUAUUUAAUAUUAUUUUUCACAAUUUUGUCGUCUGGUAUACUCGUUGCGGCGAAUGUGAAUGUCUCGAAAAAUCUUUAAGUGAAUCUGUAAGUUUUGAGAAUUGCCGGGUCGAAAUUCCGGUGUAGGGGACAAAACCGUAAAUGAUAGUCUAUGAUAAAAUUAUUUGCCACAUAUGACGUCACGCUUUGUGAUUGGCGUUUCGAUUUACGUAAAAGUUGUUUAUAUUGUUCGAUUUUAUUACAAGAAUAAUGAUUGUUUAUUUACAUUAAAUUAAGAUCGAUAUAAACUGCUUUGAUGGUUUCGAUAUUAUCAGUUGACAUUCGCCGAUAUCGGCAGUCAGGACGGCGUUAAUGAAUAAAAGUGGUUCACAUGCGCGCUUCGACACGAGGCGAACAACGACUUAACGGUAGGCAACGGCUUGACUCUGCCCCGGCCAUUGCUGAAGUCCAUGGGCGACGGUAACGCUCACCAUCAGGUGGGCCGUAUGUUCGAUAAGGGCAAAAAAAACCAUACGAUAACGUCGACUAACAAUCGAAGACUCAUUGAAGCGAGAGAUGGGCUUUAUAAAUUGCUUUUCGAUUGAAAACUUUUAAGUUGUGACAUGUCUAUUAGAGUUACAAGGGCGGAACCCCGUGAUUCUAUAAAAAUAAAGUUCUACGUUACCAUAGCCGAACAGGCUGUUAGCAAUGAAAUCCCUUGACCUUGUAAAAAAAUACUUUUGUCAACAUAUUUAUUUUAAAAAAAAAUGUCAAAGCGGGAAACACCUUUUUAUGCGACACUUUUACAAGAGAUUUUAAUUUCUUAAUAUCGAAUCAAAUGCGCCUAUUAGAAUAUUAUUGUACUCUUAGCGCUAUUUUGUAAUAAAUUUAAAAAAAGAAAAUCAUAACAUACGCUUUAAAACAGUUCACAAUUAUGAAAACUUAAAAUGUUAAUAAUUGUGAAAUAAAAUGGUUAAAUAAAAUGUUAUUUGUAUUGUUAUUGGCGUUUGUUCAACAACUUUUUCUUGUAAAAUUGUGGAAGUCUAUUUUCUAUAUACAAUUGUCUUUUUAACUUUCGUAUAGGCGAAUGUCAACAAAUAGCAUUUCCAUCGCAGUGUUUAAUUACCAGUGAAUUAUCCGAAAUCGUAAGCGUUCGAAUAACUAGCACGUUUAAGAAUUAUAGAGACCCAAUAAAAAAAAUGUGUUUUUUGAAAAACGUAUAGUUUUCAAAUCGAAAAGACGUAGAGGAAGGGGACGGAGUGAAAGAGACCGAUGGAUAAGUUUGUCCCGUUUUAAGCUACUUUUGGUCUUUUGGUCAUUUAAUAUGAGUCUCUGAAAAUAAAUGCUCUAGGUCCAUUUUUAAAUUAAAAUCGAUAUUCAAAAAUUUCGAAAUGUGUCUAUAAUUCUAAAGGUGCAAACGUCAGAAAAGAGUUUGAGAAAGAAAAAUUUAUAAAAUUACAAAUAAAAAAUUUGAACUGAAUUAAAACCAAAUAAUGUUUACAUAAUUAAGGUAUUAGGUAUUUAGAUUUUAAUAAAGCUUUUAAGUUAUAGCUAAUUAAUGCUGUGUGGUUUGUAAAUUCUUUAUGAAGGAUCUAAGAUAGAAUAGAUAUUUAAUUAAAUACAUUUUGUGUUAAUAGGUAAUAUGUUGGUUUCCUUUUGAAGCUAUCUUUGCAGUUUAUUAACAUAAAUAGACUUAAAACGUUGUUACAAACUACAUGUCUAAUAAAAACAUCUUAUUUAGUGCCCCACCAAAAUGUAUUUACGUAGCUUCCGGAUGCUUGAUUUUUGUAGAUUAAGCCACAAAUAAAAUUGAAUAGUUGUUUUUUUGUUUUUAAUAUUGUCAGUGUAUGUACUCUGUUAUUAUUUUUACGGUUGAAAUUAUCAGACCAUAUAAGCAAUAUUAAUUUCACCAAAAUUUCUUUGAAUAUCCAAGGGAGUUAAAUGAUUAUCCCUCACGUCCGAUGAAGCUAGGAUAACUCCUCGAGGUUACUAACAUAUUCUGUAGGAAGAAAAAAAAAUACUCCUUAGUAAUUUGAAACUAAACAGAUGAUUCGACAAAAAUUUACAUAUAGAGUGGUUUUCCAGGAUAUUUCAUAUUCGCAGUAAUGAAUUUCCGAAAGACGAUACGUACCUGUAAAUAAUUUUGUAAAAAUCUAAAUUUGUGAUCGCUUUUCUAUUAUAUUAUUUGUGUAAUACGCGAUGCAUAGUUAGUCUAAUUUUGUUUGUAGUUUGUAAGCUAUUUAUUUCAUUGUUGUUUUUUGUUGCAAGUGUUUCGAAAGAAAAAAAAUAUUCUUGAAAAUCAUAUUUGAAAAUUAAUUUGUUUUCUAAUAAAAUACAAUGUUGAAUUUUUCAAAGAACAAUGAAUAAAAUGUAUAGAGCGAAGUUUAUUUCUUCGAUCAACUAAAGAUUAGGAAUCGUUUUUUGACAGAUGUUAAAAUGACAACGAAUGUCAAAUGUGUUGAAAUCCGUACAUAUGUAAAUACUGUGAACAGUACUGAAGCUAGGUACUUACGUUAAGUUACCACUAAAAAUUUGACAACAAAUUUCGAAGACUUGCAAUAAAUAUAUCACGUAACAUUGUUACUUUGCGUGUGAUCGUUACAUGCUAAAAUGACAACUGCUGUCGUUCAGUGCUAUUAAUAUUUUCAUACAAAGAUAGAUGCAUUUCAUUUCUUUUUUUUUCAUAAGUUUGUUUUAAUGUAGUUUUAAAAGGAAAUCUUGGAGAUGGAUUGUUUGCUGUGAUAAAUGUUAUUGAGUUUGCACCCAUCAUUAAAUUAUGAAAAUUCAA